GUCCAAGCUCAUUUUCUUAAGAGGCUGUUGUUAUGACUUUCACUAGAUUUUAGUGCUUCUAAUCAAUCGCCCUCGUACCUUUAUGGCCCCGCCACUUAUUGACUGGGUUUACAGGGUAGACGGGAUGACAAACCCGCUAUACUGAUUGGUCACGGCUACCCGUGGAAGUCCAUGAACAGAGCCGAGCAGCAUCAUCGUAUACAGUACUUUAACUCUCCAGCAAGCAACCUUCAAACCCAACUGGUGACUAAUACCUCAAUUUGGCAUGAAAUAGCAGAGCCUUUUCGUCCGAAUACCAAUACUAUAUUCAUCUACUAUACGAAUACCCCAUCCGACCAAGCACCUGUCAAUCGCACAGGAUGGCAACUCCGAGAUUUGCGACGCCGCUGGCUUCCUCAACCUCAAGGCUGUUCCAGUGCGCGUUUGCCCCCUCAGCAACACCAGCACUCCGGCCAUGCCGCCACGCAAUGAGACGAGUCUCCGAAGCACAGUCUGCACGCAUGUCGACGAAGCGCAAGAUGCAAACCAGCACAUACCAGGCAUACACUCUCGAACCUCAAGCGCCGCCACCCCCGCGGAGCAGCGGCACCCCAGAAACAUCCAUCGGGAGAGGGAUACCGCAACUGCACAACACAAUGCCGCCGCCGAUACCUGGGCAACAAGCAGCAGCAACACAACCAGAGGUAGCUAUCACCGAAAAGGAGGCGCAGAAGACGAAGCCUGUCCAAGCAAACAACUCCCCGGCCGCAGGCGCUGCGCCGGCGACACAAGAAAAGCCAAAGCCUCGCUCGAGGCUACGGGCUGCUCGAAAGGCGGCAAUAACCCUUACGCCACUAGCUAUCGAGCAAAUACGCAACCUGCUCAACCAGCCUGAACCCAAGCUCAUCAAGGUCGGCGUCAAGAACCGUGGCUGCAGUGGCCUCUCAUACAACCUCGAGUACGUUGACAAGGCGGGAGCAUUCGACGAGACGAUUGAGCAGGAUGGCGUGAAGGUCCUGAUCGAUAGCAAGGCCUUGUUCAGCAUCAUUGGGAGCGAGAUGGACUACGUGGAGGACAAGCUCAGUGAAAGAUUCGUCUUCAAGAACCCUAAUAUAAAGGAUGAAUGUGGCUGCGGCGAGUCGUUCAUGGUUUAGACUAGAACAUCACGUUGAGCGCAACGAUUACUUUGAUACACCAUUUAUUUCUGUUCAUACACAGGGCGCAUCGGCAUUGGGCGGCGUUAUGCGGGAACCGGGCAGCAGCGAUUGGCUCUAUAAUUCACAUUUGCACAUACGGACAGACGGACAGAUAGUUUUGGAGACUAUAGACUGUAAUUAAGCAUAUCACCACUUUCACGAAAUCUCCUGGUUGGAUACCUGAGGAAGACUCGAACGGUGCCUGGUUCAGGCCGGCCAUAGAGAGUUGAAGCCUUGAAACAGGCUCGAAUUCAAAGCCAACUAGAAAGACGGAGCUGUACUUACUAGGAAUUAUUAUACGAAAAUACCACUAUUUCUUCCAUUUCCACCAAACCCUCUAUCACGUGCCAACCCAACUCCCAG